CUUGAUCCUGAUGCUGACUUUUCCCACGAUAGGCGUCCCACUUUCUAGCGUGAGGACUAGAUGUAGAAUUAAUUUUCGUUGGUAAGAUCAAGAGAGUCAGAAAAAUGGGCGGAGGAGCAUCUAAGGCGAAAACGGCGCCGGCACCGUCACCGCCUCCACCAGCCGUGCCCGUACAGAAGGCACCUAAAGCAGAAGCGCCGAAACCAAAGCCACCCGCCGAAGAUCCACCUGAGCGAAAAUCUACUGUCGGAGGCAGUGGAGAUGUAAUUCAUCACUGUUGAGUCUGAGAAUCCAUAAAUAUUAUGUACAAAGACUCUGAUAGAAAUUGAUCAUGUAGAAGCAGGGAGUGGCUUGUCAGCGAGUGAAAGAGUCUCUCGGUCUCCUCGAAGUGAUUCGCCUCGACAGACUGAGACGCGAGUAGGAUUUGAAAGAUGACAUCGAAUUUCUCUGGUGUCCCUUUAACAACAAUACAGGCCGGCGCCGAGGGCAUCUUCGGUUCGGCGCGCGAGCUGAACACGCUGCUGCUCGGUGGCGAGAACAGUAUCUAUCAGCACAGCUUCACAGUCGAGAUGGAUCGUCGAGCCUUUAUCACAUACCUGACAGAACCGCGGAGCUUCUAUAUGCCAAACGUGUACAAGGACGGAGAGAGUGAUAGUGAGGAAGAAGAGAGCGCAUUUCAGCGGCCGUUGGAUCCACGAGAUGCACUGUUGAAGCAGCCACAUCAGCCGCCAGGACGACAGAAGUUACAGCAGAUGCAAAUCAAGGGUGCAGUUGGUAUCCAUGCAGUAACUACUAAAAAUGAUGCCUCUUCCAUUGACAUUGCGCCAAUCAAAGAGAAAGAAGAGAGACGCUAAGAAUUCGAUUCCAAGAUGAUCCAUCCAAAUUGUUGCUGGAGAUGCUUCGACAGUAGUUCCAGAGUUUUGACAAAAAAAUCUACUUCAGCUGCUGUAAAGAACAAAGGGCGAAGUAAAAAGAAGGAGAAAAAGAGACCGGUCAAGGGAUGGCGACAGACGGCGCAGCGUGUAACCUUCAAGCCGGAUUCGGCACUUCUGCCCGGUGGAGAGUUCUACCUCGGUGAAGACGGAAAGUUUACAAAAUCUUACGAGCCAUGGGGCAUCGAGUUCGAUAUCGGCAAGUUUCCGCUACAAGUGAAAAAGGUAAUCUCUCUCUUUCUCGUCUUUAUUUUUACUUCUUAAUCGAUUUCUUUAUUUGUGUGGCUCAGCCAAUCAAUGAGGAGAAAAGUGAGUUGUAGAGGUCAAGAUCACACUCAUAACGACUGUGACCGGGUUCCGAAUUUCUACGAGCGUAGUUGUGUUUUGAGUCACGAGGAUUACCUCUCUCGCUGAUUCAGAUAACGACGGGAUCUGUUGCGGAUGAGCACGCAGCAAGGCAUCCGGAGGAUCUGAUUGAAGCGGGCGAUCUCCUAGUCGAGAUUAAUGACAUCCCAGUCUGCCCCGACUCCACACUGCUGCACCAGCGUCGGCGUAUGAAGAUGAGCGCAAAAGAAAUUAAGCAGGAGGAAGACCUUCUAAAAAUGUCAGAGGCGAAAUUGAAGGCCCGAGAAGAGCAGGCAGUGGCUCGCAAAGUGCAGACGAGCACGAUCACUGAUGCCGACGGAAAUGCAGUAGAUGCCGCUGCUGAAAACGGCGAAGAAAAUAAAGACGGUGAGGAAACGAAUGCAAACGGCGAAACAACAAAUAGUCAACAGUUAGAAGUCGUCACUCCUGAACAAAAGCGGCGCAGUUCCAUUGCCGGAAUCGUGGGAGACAGCAUCGCGUGGCAUGGCUACGACCUCUCUUGCGUGAGCCGCAUGGGCGGGCCCGCAGGGAACCGAUUCGGCUACCGCCACAAGGAGGGCGAUGUAGUGAAGCCGGUCGACAACUUAGCUUUUGAGGCAGAGGAGUUGUACACGAGACUGGACGUGAUCAACAAGGAGUUGUUUGAUCAGUACUAUCAUGCACCGACGAUAAAACUACGCUUCGUGCGAAUGGAGCAGCCGCAAAUAGACGAGGGCCUUGGUUUCUGCUACACGCUUAAUCUCGCGCGACAGAGGCAACGCGCGGGGAUGCAGAAAACGCCAUGGGGCAUAGUACUCACGAUGGAACUACUUCAGCUGAAAAUAGAUCUUAACUUUUCCAUGUGCACGUUCUGUUGUGAACUCCUUUUGCAGCUGACGCCGCCAGACUAAGGUGCGAACUCGUUCUUACCUCUGACUUCCUGAAGAUGCCAUAAGCAUGAAAAAGUGUACUAUAAACUUUUCUAGACCAAAAAAAAAUAUGUUUUGAUUAUGAAAGAAGAGCAAGUACACACACACACACAUUUUUAUACCAGGUGUUUCAUUUGGACUGGGAGGAGAUUCCGAAGGAAGAACUGAUGGCCGAAACAUGGUACACGAACACCUCCGGCACGAGCUUUACAACCCAUACGGAGUCGGCCUCGGUGUUUGAGUCGGACGAGGAGGAGGAGGGCGGUGGAGGCUAUCGAGGAGGCGGCGACGACUACCGUGAGGAAGACUUGAAGAUGAAAACGACAUCAGACACUGCUUUUUCCGAAGUCCAGAAGGAGGGACAGCACAAUCGCAGUAGCCCUCGUUUUUCGACGUCACGAAAUGUUGUUGCGUCCUCAGGCUCAUCUGCAAAGCAAGCACAAUUCAGCAUUCGCAACGGCGGCAGACGAGGGCAACAGUUGAUGCUCGAAAACCAGCACUACUUCGACGAAGGAAUGCACAACAGUGUCGCGCCAGGCACUCCACCGAGCAGCAACAGUGAGUACGCUUCGUCGGUCUGCUCCUCAACGCCGCAAAUGACCGACCUAACGGGCGACGAGCCGCAGAUUCUUGGGGGUCAUGUCGAACCCUUAGCGUUGCCGAUAUCAGGUACCAGCAAAGCGUCCUCGAGUUCUUCCUGGCGACAUCGAGACGUUUCGCCGCCACGACAGGCGUGGGGCUCUUCUAGUAGUCUCGGCUCUAGACGAGGACAACAGACGGGGCGUUACUGGCGACGCGGCAACAAGAGUGCUGUAGAGGGCCGUCACCAAUCGAUGCAGCCGCAGCGCGGGGUGUACGAUGACGAUGAGGAGGAGCCCUCUGACGUCGAUCCAGAGCCGGGGAUGCCGCCAGAGGGUCACUAUCCGUAUCCUCCGCUCACCGGGUCCUCCGCCUACGGUAUGGAGGAAGAGGAGGAGGAGGGUGGCCGGCGACGUCGGCGGACUCGAUCCCAAAGUCGGUCAACGACAAACGUGCAGUCAAGCAGCACGCUUAGCGCACAGCAGCCGGGCAGCAGCUCCGGGCAAUCACUAUCGCGAAGCCGCGCUCCGCGCGAGGAAAGCAGUCUGCUGGAGGAGGUGGACACUUUGGGCAACACGUUAGACGUGACGGCGCCGUUGACAGCAACGAGCAUGGAUAUCGAAGAUGACGGCCUCGGCGAGCGCGACCUUCGACCCUCGAUGGCCCUCGAAGAGGAGGAAGAGGAAGAGAUGGUGUUGUCAAGGAGAGCAGCAGGGCAGCGGGGCGAGUAUCUAGAAGAGAAGGGUGGCGAACUAGAUCCUAGUCUCGCGACGCCACCAGAGGUGACACAGAUGAGCGCGUGGAUGACAAAGGAGAAACAAAUCGCGGCCACGGAAGCAGCAGGACCGCGCGCUGACGAAUUCUAUAGUCGUGCGGCCCUGGAGAACCUCGGCUUCGGUCGUAACAUGCGCAUGCGCCGCGUAGUGAAAGUGCACAGCAUCGAAAACGGAACUGUUGCCUCCACUUGGAACGAGGAUGACCCAGACAUGAGCAUUCUGCCGGGAGACAAGCUGGUUAGCGUCCAGGGCAUUGACGUGAGCAAGAUCGCCUGGGACUUCUUGCUGCUUCCGCCUUACCCGGACGAGGAGGAAGUACUCGCGGGGAUCGAGGAGGAGUCGCAGCAGACGGUGCAGGCUGGCGACGACAGCACUCUCCUGCCCGCCCGCCCAUCGCAGGAACGCUUUCAAAAGCGCAUGGAGCACUGGAAGAAUGAGGUGAUGGAGCGUUUCCGCGAACACAAAGUUCUUAGUGCGAUCUUCGAACUCGUGAUUGAGUCGUAUCAGGAGCCUGAGUACGUGACCCAGUACGGUCGAACGGCUGCGGUGAUGCGCCGGAAGUUUCGGACUUACUUGAAGUGCAAACAGAACUACUUUCCUCGUGACCUGGAGCUGGAGCUAGAAUUCUACAGGUACGACCCAGACGCCGCAGCGAGGAAAGCAAAGACGGGUCUGCGCUCGCCAAGAAGAGUGCUGAAUUUCAUGCAAACAUCUGAAGGAAUGCCGCUCACAAAGACGCAGAGUCCACAGUCUCCGAUGCACCGACCGAGCCCGCCUGGCUCUCCAGAUGCGAAAAAGGAAGAUGCUUUGCGCGUACUGAGAUUUGUCUCCUUUAUUUAGCCAAGAUAGUUUUUUACACAAAAGAAAUAAUAGUCUUCUACCUGAAGUAGAAGUGAGGAAGUUUGAGGUAAAUUCGAAUGAGUUGUCUGAUGUAGCAACAUCGCUUUACAGGAAAUGGAGGAGGAAGUGUAUAACUACGAAGCGCCGCCAGCACUCGAGGUGCCCAACUCACUUGCGAAAAGUCGAUUUCGGGUGUUUCUGAAUCGCGCUAGCGUCCAUGUGCCAUGGGGUAUUUACCUCGACGAGCGGUUCGCAACCUUGAAUGUGUACAUCGUGCAAGAGCUCGAGGGAGCGGCGGAGGCUCCAGUAUCCGUAUGGAACGAGUACGUCCAGGACGUGGGCGCUUUCGGUUGCCAAUUGCAAACCGGUGAUUUGGUCGUUGCGUUCAACGAGAAGAACACGUGGCAUGAGGCAGAGCAAGAAAUUCAGCACGCGUUGAAAUUGGUUCUGGAGUGCUACAGACCGCCGUACAAGCCGUGCGCGAUGACUAGUCCGCCUUUUUUGCAGACGAAUGAAAAGUGCUUGGAUAUUUGCUGGGCGCGUAGUCGCUUUUUGACAACCGUGUACGACGACGAAGAGGCCUUAGCAAACACACCGGACGGUGGUCUUCGGGACACGCACUACUGCGUAGUGUUGCACUCUCUCUCCCCAGACCGAUGGUACGUGGUGGACGGUGUCACACGCGAAGCCAAAGAUAUUAGUCAGGUGGCGAACGCCAUCCCUGCACCGAUUCAGAGCAUUGCAGUGGUCAAUCUGCCGUCACUCCGGUCGUAUCGACAGACUUGAUUGUUGUUCCACAGUGUAUCCUUAUCCUAUCAGAAACAACUACUUCAGUCCAUCUCGGUUCAUUUCGUACGAGUUGUUCACUCGCAAAUGCUAACUGACUGUCUCUAUCUCACUACUUGUUCAUCAGGUAUGAAGCAUAUGUUGCGAUCCGGAACUCUCAGGGUUG